AUGUUACAUCUCUUUUCAAAACGUACAAUUGCAAUAAUUUCUACUUCAAAAAGGACAAUAUGCACUAAAAUUAAUACCUAUGCAACUGUAUCAUCUUCAGUUUCUUUGAGCUCAAGGCUACUAGUUCAGCGCCCACCAGUUUAUCCUCAGUUCUUUCAACCAAGUGCAUUUAGACAGUAUGCUACCAAAUCAAGAAAACAUGCCAAACCUGUCCCUAAAUCGGCAAAUUCGGGAAAAUCAAAUCUCGUAGUCCAAAACAUAAAGGAAAAUUUACCAGGAUUGGACAAUCAACCUCGACUGCUUGAUCGUCUGAGAGCCGCGGGUGCUGUCUCUGAUCUCCAAGCCCCCCCGAGUUUGUCCCAUUUUCAACGCCUCUUCGCUCCCUUUAUUUUCACAUCAGCCAUCUGUGGUGGUUCUUAUUACUUUGCCCAAACUUGGGUACCAGCACCGGUGGAAUCCCGUCUUUUCCCGACGCUCCCGCAGUCGUUUACAACCGUUGCAACGAUUAUUGCAGCCAAUUGCGCGAUAUUCCUGGCAUGGAAGGUCCCUCUCCCAGUCUCAUGGCGACUACUCAACAGAUAUUUUAUCUCUGUAGUGGGAUUGCCGUAUAGCUUCAGCAUGAUUGGAAGUGUCUUUUCGCAUCAGACCAUAGCUCAUUUGGGGCUUAACAUGAUUGCUUUAUAUACGGGCGGAACUUCCCUUUGUGAUCAGAUAGGUCGGGGAAACUUUCUGGCACUUUACUUUUCAGCAGGAGCUGUAGCCUCAUUUACCUCUCUUGCAUACCAUGUUCUUGGGGCUAGAUUCCACAUCACUUCACUUGGAGCUUCAGGCGCAAUCAGUGGUGUCCUCGGCACAUAUGCUUAUUUCAACCCAGAACGCGUUCCCUCAGAGUUUAUUCCUUUGAAAGUCUCUCAGCUCGUAAGUGGCUUCGCCUUGGUUGGGCUCGUCGGGAUCAUUAGAGGAUGGAAAACAGUCGAUCAUAUGGCGCAUUUGUCAGGUUUACUCUGGGGUUGGCCUUUGCCUAUUGGAAAGAUCAGGAGUUCAAAAAGAAGAGAGAACUUGCCUGCAAAAACUCUGGCUAGCUUCCAUGGUAAUCAACUAGAGAGAGUGUGCAAAAAAGACUUUAAAAUGAGCGCAACGUCCCACCCGAUAACUCCGGAGUUCUUCCUCCAGGCGAUCCGUGAGCUCGAGCUUGAACAACUACACGCAGAAGCGGCACGCCUCGAGCUCUCAUUAUACCAUCUCAGGCGCUCCCAGGUUCAACUGGAGGAAUUCUUGGAUGAUCCCGUAUGCAAGGCUGCGAUUGAGGAUAAUAAGGUCGUCAUCAAAGACCAGAGCGACAGAAUCGAUAUGAUUAGGCUGGAGGUCGAAAGGAGGGGUUUCUCAAUGGAGCAUGGAGCUAGAGCUGGAGGAACACUGGUUAAUGGCAGCGCAAGUACUGAGCGGGAAGAAAGCAGUUUGGGCCCAGAGGUAGAGAUGGGUGGUACUGGUGAGCAGGCACCACAUUCUUCAGCUAUUGGAGCAGCGGUGGAAGGGAGCUCCUCCACUACCCAUGCCACAACUGAAGGGAGUGCAGAUGCCGAAAUGGAAGAAGGGGUUUAUCUGUGA